GUGACCAGUGACAUCACUUUUAGUUUCUGGGCAAAAAUUUUCCUGUGUUCCAUCAAAAACAUAAAGUUUUGAGGAUUAAAUUAUUAAAAACCAUCUGAAAACCAGCAAAAAGAUGGGAUUCAUGUUUAAUAUCGAUGGUGGUUAUUUGGAAGGACUGUGUCGUGGCUUCAAAUGCGGAAUAUUGAAGCAAUCUGACUAUUUAAAUUUAGUUCAGUGUGAAACAUUGGAAGAUUUAAAACUACAUCUGCAGGGUACAGAUUAUGGUCAGUUUUUGGCUAAUGAGCCAUCACCUCUUGCUGUGUCAGUCAUUGAUGAUAAACUUCGUGAGAAAUUGGUGAUUGAAUUCCAACACAUGAGAAAUCAUGCAGUUGAACCCUUAUCGACAUUCCUGGACUUCAUCACUUACAGUUACAUGAUUGACAACAUCAUUCUAUUGAUUACUGGGACACUCCAUCAACGUCCAAUUUCCGAGUUGAUUCCAAAAUGUCAUCCAUUGGGAAGCUUCGAACAGAUGGAAGCAAUUCACGUUGCUGCAACACCAGCUGAACUUUACAACGCUGUGCUCGUUGAUACACCUCUUGCUCCAUUCUUUGUAGAUUGCAUCAGUGAACAAGAUUUGGACGAAAUGAACAUUGAAAUCAUCCGAAACACUUUAUACAAAGCUUACCUUGAGGCUUUCUAUGGAUUCUGCAAGAGUCUUGGUGGAACUACAGCUGAUGUCAUGUGCGAAAUCCUUGCAUUUGAAGCUGAUCGACGUGCAAUCAUCAUCACGAUCAAUUCUUUCGGAACAGAACUUUCCAAAGAUGAUCGUCAGAAGUUGUAUCCUCGCUGUGGUCGCAUGUUCCCCGAUGGACUUGCAGCUUUAGCUCGUGCUGAUGAUUACGAACAAGUGAAAGCAGUCUCAGAGUAUUAUGCUGAGUAUGCUGCUUUGUUUGAUGGUUCGGGAAACAAUCCUGGUGAUAAGACUUUGGAAGAUAAGUUCUUUGAACAUGAGGUCAAAUUGAAUGUCUACGCUUUCAUGCAACAAUUCCAUUUCGGCGUCUUCUAUUCCUACUUGAAGCUAAAAGAACAAGAAUGUCGCAAUAUUGUUUGGAUUGCGGAAUGCGUCGCACAAAAGCAUCGCGCAAAAAUCGACAAUUACAUUCCAAUUUUGUAAGUUGCACUUUGUAACUCUCAACUCAAAAUAUCUUAGACAUCUGAUGAUGUUUAUUUAAUUCAUGCAGUUAAAUUGAGAUAUGAGGUGAAUGUAUAAAUAUGUAAGCUUCUUUAAAUUCCACCAUCAUUGAUUAUUCCGACAAAUCAACAAAUUCACAACGGAAAAGAAACUUUCAGAACUUAUCUAAAGAUAGCCACGUAAGAGUUCAACAUCAGAAGAUAAUUUUAAUAUUAUUUCAUUUUCUUAAAUGAACAUCAUAAAAUUCAAUUGUAAUUUAAAAGUAUUCCCUAUAAAUCGACUUUAAAAAUAUCUUUGUUGUAAAUUAUGCAUGUAAUGUUAAUUUUUGUUUUUUAAUUCCUUUUAUCGUUUCAAAAAAGCAUCAAAUAAAUUAUCGUAAAAAACAACCACGGAAAGAGAAUCGUUAAAAGGAAACAAAUAUUAUAGUGAAAUUAUGUAAAUGAAGAAAGUUAAUGUGUUAAAUAAAGAUGAUUAACAUACAAAAUAAAUUUGAGCUUUUUGUGUUGCUUCAGAUU